CUUUCGCGUGUCUCCGUUUUUCCCUGCGUUGACUGCCCGCCAUUCAGCCCAACUCAGCGUCCCACUUCGCACUGCACUUCCCCUGUCGUCAACGACUUCACCCCGCGUUCCUCAACACCCACCGCCACCACUCUUCUAGACUAGUAAUUGGAAAUAGCGGCAGCAAAUAUGUCGUCGCCUUCAAAGAGGUCAACGCGCAGCUCUGCGACGCCUAACCGGGCAACCCGCAGUUCGCAACAACGAAGCAGCCCCGCGGCUGGCCCCUCGAACGCAGCGGAGAGAACCCCUCGCCAGACAAGGUCCUCACAGUUGGCUUCGAGUCCGCUGUUCUACCAGUCUUCGUCUCCCGCCCCCGGUGCCAACCGGGCCUCCUCUCCCCUUCGGCAGAUGACCGAUAGCCAGAGCACCGUCAACAACAACGCACCCAGCUCGCCCUUGCGCCAGCAGACAGAGACGCAAAGCGCCGGUGACAGGACUCCCCGCGCAAGCCGUGGCCUCAUUGGAGACUCGUCCCCGAUCCGCUAUGACCCUAGCUCUAGCCCCGGCCACCAACUCACACAGCAGUCCGAUCUCCGCAGCGACAGCAGCGCGCUCUUUGUGAACUCGCAGCGAUCGAACACCGCCAGAUCCUACCGCGGAGACAUCAACUCGGAUGUCGUCCGAACGCCUCAGGUGCCGCGCCGUAUCCUCCUAGAUGACGCCGGUCGUGUUGUCCGAGACGGGUCGGAUGCCGCCUCGUUUGCAAACAACAACCCCCAUACCUCGGAAGCCGACGCUCUUGGCGGACCCAGCCAGAGUCUUGUCUGGGGUACAACCGUUUCCCUCGAGGACUCCUUCGCCGCGUUCAGGGACUUUCUCAAGAACUUCACCCGGAAGUACCGUAUGUGGGCAGAUGGCGCCACCGAGGCCGACACCAAUGGGGAACCCGAGGCUGAUUCGAAGCCAUACUGGGAGGCCAUGGAGAAUAUGCUGCUGCUGGGCACCAACAAGCUAUACCUGGACCUCCGGGACCUCAAGGCCUACCCGCGGACGGCGAAGCUGUGGCAUCAGUGCCAGGCGUACCCGACCGAAAUCAUCCCCGUCAUGGAUCAGUGUGUCCACGACUGCAUGAUCGAGCUUGCACAGGCAGAAAUGGCAAGCCAGAGAGCUGCCUCGCACAACACGGCAGCUCCCAGCGCGCCCCAAGCCUCACAGAGCUCCGAGAUUGCGUUCCCCAGCUCCGAUCGGGGCGAGGAGCCGUCGACACCCCGGCCCGCGCAACGAGAGCAGCUGACCCUCGAGGACCAAGUUAUGAAGCAGCAAUAUCUUGUUCGCCCUUGGGGCUCCGACAAGUCUAUCAACCUGCGAGACCUCAACCCCUCGGACAUGGACAAGCUCAUCUCCAUCAAGGGUCUCGUUAUCCGGGCGACACCUGUCAUCCCUGACAUGAAGGCAGCUUUCUUCAAGUGUAGUGUUUGCGGACAUUCCGUCUCGGUCGAGCUGGAUCGCGGCAAGAUCCGCGAGCCCACCGAAUGCCCGCGCGCCCGUUGCAAGCAAAAGAACUCGAUGCAAAUCAUCCAUAACCGCUGCAUGUUCGAGGACAAGCAAGUCAUCAAGCUGCAGGAAACCCCAGACGCCGUCCCCCCUGGACAAACGCCCCACUCGGUGUCUGUGUGCGUCUACAACGAGCUGGUCGACUUCUGCAAGGCCGGUGACCGGGUCGAGCUCACGGGUAUUUACAAGGUCACGCCAGUGCGCGUCAACCCGCGCAUGAGGACGGUCAAGAGCGUGCACAAGACUUACGUCGAUGUGGUGCAUGUGCAAAAGGUGGACAAGAAGCGGAUGGGCGCGGACCCGACCACCCUCGAUUUGGCCGAGGAAGAGGAGGCCCACGUCAGCGGGCAGAGUCUCGACGAAAUCAAGAAAGUCUCGCCCGAGGAGGAGGAGAAAAUCAGGGCGACGGCGGCCCGCCCAGAUAUCUACGACUUGCUUUCUCGCUCGCUCGCCCCUUCAAUCUACGAAAUGGACGAUGUCAAGAAAGGCAUUCUCCUUCAGCUGUUUGGCGGCACCAACAAGACAUUUGAAAAGGGGGCGAGCCCCAAGUAUCGUGGGGAUAUCAACAUCCUGCUCUGCGGUGACCCAUCGACAUCAAAGUCGCAAAUCCUGGCAUACGUGCACAGGAUCGCCCCCCGCGGCGUCUACACCAGCGGCAAGGGCUCUUCGGCGGUCGGUCUCACCGCCUAUGUCACCCGCGAUCCCGAGACCCGGCAACUGGUACUCGAAUCCGGUGCGCUCGUUUUGUCUGACGGAGGCGUAUGCUGCAUCGAUGAAUUCGACAAGAUGAACGAUUCCACACGAUCAGUCCUCCACGAAGUGAUGGAACAACAGACCGUGUCGGUGGCCAAGGCCGGCAUCAUCACGACGCUCAACGCCCGGACAAGCAUCCUAGCCUCCGCCAACCCGAUCGGCAGUCGUUACAACCCGGACAUGUCAGUACCGCAGAACAUCGACCUCCCCCCUACCCUGCUGUCUCGUUUCGACCUGGUGUACCUCAUCCUCGACCGGGUCGACGAGAAGACCGACCAGCGGCUGGCGCGCCAUCUGCUCUCCAUGUAUCUCGAGGACAAGCCCGAGUCGGCCCAAAGCGAAAAGGACAUCCUGCCCAUCGAAUUCCUCACCUCGUACAUCUCAUACGCACGCGCCAAGAUCCAGCCCAAGAUCUCACCCGAAGCAGGCCGCGAGCUGGUCGGCGCCUACGUGGAGAUGCGCAAGCUCGGGCAGGACGUGCGGGCGGCCGAGAAGCGCAUCACGGCGACGACGCGGCAGCUCGAGUCCAUGAUCCGGCUCGCCGAGGCGCACGCCAAGAUGCGCCUGUCCGAGACGGUCACGGCCCACGACGUCCAGGAAGCCGUGCGCCUGAUCCGCUCCGCGCUCAAGACCGCCGCCACCGACUCCCAGGGCCGCAUCGACAUGAGCCUGCUGACCGAGGGCACCAGCGCCGCGGAGCGCAAGCGCAAGUCCGAUAUGAAGGAUGCCGUCGUCCGGUUGCUGGACGAGUUGACGGCGGGCGGGCAGGCGGUGAGGUAUUCCGAGGUAGCGCGGAGGCUUGCCGAGGGGGCUGGCGUGCCGGUUGAGCCGAGCGAGUUUGCCGAGGUGAUGAGGACGUUGGAGAUGGAAGGGGCGGUCAUGAUCAGUGGUGAAGGGCCGAGAAAGAACGUGAGGAGGGUUACUGCGAGUGUUUGAUGAUGUGAGGGAUGAAUGAGGGUCAUGGCUUAUGGGUUGGUUGAGGGUGUCUUAUUCACAUCUGGGGGCGUAUAUCUGAUGUCCAAUCAUGUUUCCGUCAAAGCCCAAACUCGCAUGCUAUCGCGGGUAACUUUCCGCAGCUAGUAUAAUGAUCGAAUACGAUUCCAACGCCGGCCGGCCUGCCCAUCGUCCUCAGUA